AGAUUUUCAAGCUUAAGUAUUAGAAAUGUCAUACUAUCAACAAGGUCCUCCUCCUCCACAACAAGGUGGCUACUACCAACAAGGUCCUCCUCCUCCACAAGGUGGUUACUACCAACAACAGCAGCCAAUGUAUGUCCAACAACAACCACAAAAAAGUGGGGGUGGCUGUUGUUCUUCCUUCUGUGGAUGUUGUGCCGCCAUCAUCUGUUGUUGUUGUGCUGAAGAAUGUUUGGAAGGAUGUUUUUAAAUGAAGGAUAGUCAAAGAGAAUAUGUAUAUGUACGUUGAUAGUUUAUUUAGAGGAUAAAUAAUUUUACUACGA